AUGGUCCGCGUCCACCUCGCUCUCGCCGCUGCCUUGGCUCUCAUCGCUAAUUGCGCCAGCGCUUUCACCGUCGGUUCACCCGAGGGUCUGGCCGCCGGAGCCACUGGCGGAGCAGGUGGUAAGACCGUGUAUCCGACCUCCACUACCGAGUUGGUGAACUACCUCGCCUCAAACGACCCUCUCGUCAUUGUGCUGAAUAAGACCUUCGAUUUCCGCGGUACUGAAGGAACGACUACCGAAACCGGUUGCCGACCGGACUACACUCGCGAAUGCAUGGCCAAGAACAACGGCUACAAGAGUCAGGAUGUGAUCAUCCAGGGUGGAAACAUGGCCACCACUGGAGGUUGCACCGGUGGCACUAAGGUCACGGUGAAGUAUGACAACGCUGCUCUUAAGCGUAUGACCGUUCUGGGCAACAAGACCAUCCGUGGUAUCGGCAAGAGCGGUGUCAUCAAGGGCAAAGGAUUGACGCUUGCCGGAGACAAUAUCAUCGUUGUCGCCCACGUCGCCAACAACUUCUGGGGCAACAACUCUGGUCACUCUUUCGAGAUUGGCUCGAACGCUUGGGUUCUUGCUGAGGGCAACUACUUCAGCAACACGAAAAUGCCUCUGUACACGGGCACGGACGGAGCUUUGUACGCUGCAACUAACAGCGACGAGUGCUCCAGCUACCUCGGUCGUUUGUGCACGGGCAACAAGGUCGUCAACAGCGGCAGCUUCCAGUCUCGUAACGGUGGAACUGCUCUGAACACGAUUAAGGGUGUCUCUGCUUUCGUGAACUACAAGCCGGAUACCUCCAAGACGACGAGCGGCUCUAAGCAGCAGGAACAACAGGAGCAACAGGCGUCGCAGACCAGCGACCCGGAGCAGCAGCAGUCUUCCCAGAAGGGUGAAUCGGCCCAGGAGGAGUCUUACGUAACGAGCGGUUCCGAGCAGCAGCAGGAGCAGCAAUGGGGCGGCUCGUUGCCGUACUAUGGCGGUUCGGAGCAGUACUGGGGUGGCUGGCAAACUAGAAAGCUUGCUGUCCAAGCCAGUGCUGGUGAUUUGGAGAAGGAAUGGCAGCAGACCACGGGUAACUUCGGUGUGGGCAAGCUGGACUAA